UUAAUAUGAAAUUUUCGAAUUCCAAGUUUUAAGUCUACAGUUAGUCAUAUAACUGCAAGUCUUUGUCGUUUUUCUCUGGGCUUUAAUCUAAUCGUCUUCUUGUUCUUUCUCUAUAUUAUCGCAUCACACCAGCUCAGAACUUGCCUUUCCAUUUUUUCUAUUAUUCUACUUUGAAUUCCUCACAGACCCUUUUGACCAUUUCUAUAUAGUUUUGUUCUUUGUUGUUAAAUUUUUAUUCCUAUCUGUCUGUUGAUGAAAAUCAAUUUAGAGAUGAAAGAUUUGAAGGAGAUGGAAAACAGGACCUUCUCAGAGGUUGUCUCUCAAAUUAUAGCAUCUACAGAUGAGUUAGCGUCCAUAUCCAAGAGUUCAGAAACAGAGAAAGAGAUGUUUACUGAAUUAGCUCUUGUUUUGGAAAAAAUCCCACCAAUUUUCAAUGAUUUGAGAGACUACGACAAGAUCAUGGACACCCCAUCAAUCAGAAAAGCAGUUGAAUCCCUUGAGAAGGAGAUAAAGCGUGCCAAGAGUUUGAUUAAAGUUCACAACCAAAAAAUGAAACAUGUUGAAUCUAUUGCUCAUGAUCUUGGCCGGUCCUUGGGCCUUGUCCUGUUUGCUACUGUUGAGGUUUCAACGCAGUUCAAAACAAAGAUUGGAGAGCUGCACAAGGAACUAAUGAACAUGAAGUUUAAUGAGAAUUGCAGUCCAACUUCAACUUCAACUUCAAGUAGAACCACGGAGUUCAUAUGUGAUUUGAGAGUGGAGGAGAUUGAAGAAGAACGAAUUAGCAUUAAAGUCUGUGACAUUGCACUGCAUCUCAAGUAUGGGAAUGAUGAUGAAGUCAAGCGUGCAGUUGUCGGGUUGAAAGAGUUGAUACAGAGUAAAAAUAUUAAUGAUGAAUGGCUCAAUGAAGAGGGAAUCAUUUCAAUUCUGCUGAACCGUUUGGGUUCUAGCAAAUCCACUAAUCGAUUAAUAAUCAUUCAAGUACUUAGGUAUCUUGUUUGGAACAGUCCUGCAAGCAAGGAAAUGAUGGCAGAUGUGGGACCUUUGUCAACAUUGGUCAAGUCUUUGGCUGGGGAUGAGGAGGAGAGGAGGGAAGCUGUGGGAUUGUUGUUGGAACUCUGUGAUCUUGUUAAUGUACGGCGCCGGCUUGGCAGAGUUCAGGGUUGUAUUGUUAUGUUGGUUGCCAUACUGAAAGGGGACGAUCAAAUUGCUUCCUCUGAUGCAAGGAAACUGUUGAAUGUAUUGUCAGGGAAUACCCAGAAUGUGCUUUAUAUGGCAGAAGCUGGUUAUUUUAAGCCAAUGGUGCAGCAUUUGAUCGAAGGUUCUAACAUGAAUAAGAUACUUAUGGCAACGGCACUUUCAAGGAUGGAGCACACUGAACAAAGUAAAGCCUCACUAGGUGAAGAAGGAGCAAUUGAACCCCUUGUCCAAAUGUUCCGUACUGAAAAGCUUGAAGCUAAAUUAUCAGCCUUAAGCGCAUUGCAAAGCCUCUCAGGCUUGCAGGAAAAUGUCCAGCGGUUGAUUAGUUCUGGGAUUGUCAUUUUAUUGCUUCAACUCCUUUUCUCUGUAACUUCUGUGCUUAUGACUCUACGAGAACCUGCAGCCGCAAUUCUCGCAAAGAUUUCUGAAUCAGAAUCAAUCCUGAUGAACCAUGAUGUGGCUCUGCAAAUGCUCUCGCUUCUGAACUUAUCAAGUCCUGUAAUUCAGAAUCACCUCUUGCAAGCACUCAAUAACAUUGUUGCUAAUCCUGAUGCGCUUGAAGUUAGAAAAAAGAUGGUGGAGAGUGGUGCAAUCCAGCUUCUCUUCCCCUUUUUGAUGGAAGAUAAUGCUAAGAUCAAGAGCGGUGCCUUGAAAUUGCUUUAUACUCUAUUGAAAGAUGCACCAGAAGAGCUAGAAGAGAGCCACAUAAGUGUAAUUCUGAAUAUAAUUUCCUCGACCAAUUGCAUAUCUGAAAGGGUCUUUGCUGUUGGUAUACUAAGCAAUGUUCCUGUAACUCAAAAGAAAAUAACAGAGAUGCUGAGAAAAGCAAAUCUCGUGCCCAUCUUGAUUUCCAUCAUGAAUUCCGGCUUGGCUAAUUCGGAUGUUUCUAUAUCUUUGUCUUCAGAAAGUGUAGCGGGUUUAUUAGUACGGUUUACUAAUCCAUUUGAUAGGAAAUUACAGCUUCAUUCAGCAGAACAAGGGGUGAUUCCUUUACUGGUGAAGUUGCUGUCAAGCGAGUCGCCCAUUGCUCAGAGCAAAGCAGCAACUUCACUAGCUCAGUUGUCGCAGAACUCACUCUCUCUCAGCAAGUCCCGGACUUCUAGGUGGUUAUGUGGACCUCCUUCAAAAGAUUCAAUUUGUGAAGUUCAUGGAAGGCAAUGCUUUAUAAAAAAAACAUUUUGUUUGGUCAAGGCUGAUGCAAUCCCUCCUAUGAUCCAAAUUUUGGAAGGAAAAGAAAGUGAAGUAGAUGAAGCUGUCCUCAGUGCCCUUACCACGCUUUUGGAAGAUGAAAUUUGUGACAAUGGAAGCAAGUACAUAGUUAAGAUGUCUGGAAUUCAAGCCAUCUUAAAAGUUUUAGGUUCAGGCCACGUUGAUGCUCAACAAAAAGCAUUGUGGAUACUGGAGAGAAUAUUCAGAAUUGAGGAGCACAGAGUCCAAUAUGGAGAAACUGCUUGGUCAGUGCUUGUUGAUUUGUCCCAGAAAGGCGAUUCAAGUUUGAAGUCAACCAUUGCGAAGCUAUUAGUACGUCUGGAGCUAUUUCAAUUUCAAUAACUUAGGUACCUGUGAGCAAAUUUGAACAGCAUGGUAUAUACCAUAACUUUUGUCCAUAAACAUUCAUGUUCAGUUUACUAUGAUUUUUGCUUAUUCAGUUGCUCGAAAGAUUUCCAUUAAAA